AUGGAUGCCCUGCUAAUAAAUCUCUCGUCUGGGCAAUUUAAAUCACUGUGUAAAUCCUGGAGAAUUGGUAUCAGCACACAGGUUUUCCUCUUCAUCAUCGAUUUUGUUUUCCUUGUUUACCCUAGGCUUAUUAUAAGUAAAGUCUACAUCGUAUGCGCACCGACUGAGUCUGUGGCGAGGAACUUCACCUUGACGCACACAGGAAGUCCGUGUAGGCAGUUCGAGCCAGCUGGUGUAUAUAUAACUGGAGCGCGAUGCUACCACUGGCAUACUGAUUUCAACAUGUUCUUGAUGUUCGUCGGCUUUUUGGUGGCGGCGGCUGCUGCAGCCCCAGACCACUACGGACCACCUCCGACCAGGUUCUAUGGCAUUCCCGGGACGCAGUCCCGUCCAGUCAUUCCCAUCCUGAAGGACGAGCGUGAGGGACCUGACGCAUCAGGAGUGUACAGCUUCGAGUUCGAGACUGGCAAUGGCAUCAAGCGUGAGGAACAAGGUGCCCCUCAAGGACCGUCUGGUGCAGUGGCAAUGCACGGGGGAUGGUCCUUCACUUUCCCCGAUGGCUCUCCCGCCGACGUGACUUUCGUCGCCGACGACGCUGGCUACCGCGUCGAUUCCGACCUGCUGCCCACGCCCCACCCCCUCCCCGCCCACGCCAUCGCCCAGAUCGAGAAGGCUCGUCGGGAGGACGCAGCUGCUGCUGCCUUGAGCGGGCGUUAUUUCGGCCCGCGGAUUACCUAUGGAUAUCUAUAA